GCAUCCAAGUCUGACCUAGAGAAGGGGGCGUCCUGCACCGCAGAAGGGCUCGCUGGUCACUGCUCCGACGGCUUCAAGCAGAGUGGCCUGGCCAUACUCGUGCAAAGUCCUCCAGACACCAGCCCUCCUCUGGGUGAGGUUGAAAGUGGCGUUCGAGCAGAAGAGGAGACGGAGGAGACAGACCCAGGUCAUUUCAUACUCUCAAAUUCUGUCUCAGCUGAAGUGCAGAAGAUUGAGGCUGUUGUGGUAUCCAGUACAGCCGCAGCUGAUGCAACCGCUGCCACGGAAGCCCCAUCCACAGACCUCAUGUCCCGCAUGAUGGGUGGGCUUCCUAGUUGGGGCAUGUUUUCUGCAGCUGAGUCAGAGGACGAAGUUCACAAUGCAUGGGGCGAACAAGACAGCGAGGAAAUGUUGGGCCAACGGGCUCUGGAACUGCAUCAAGCCAGAGGUAUAGAGCUCCCCGGCGUCCCAAUUGAGACGUCGGCUCAGGCAAGGCUAGCCAAGAGAAAGCAGAAGGCAAAGGCACAGGCGAAACGGAAAGCGCAUCUAGAAGUCACCAAUGCUGAGGCCACAGGAAGCCAUCUGUUUGCUGGCACAUCCAGCAUGAUGUCCAUGCUCAGCAACUUCACUAGCAUGGGGCGAGCCGUAUCUUCGAAUGCUGACGAGGAGGAGGUCCACAAUGCUUGGGGCGAUGAUACAGAUUCCAAGCUAGUAGAAAGAGCUGCAGAACUUGAGCAGGCACGGGGCAUUGUUGUUCCCAUGCCCCAAGUCCAGUCGACGGGGCGUGAGAGGCUUGCCAAGCGCAGACAGAAGGCACAGAAGCAGAACAACGAGACCGUUGUGGUUGAAGCUGAUACCGCUGAACCCACAAGUGCUGGCCGAGUGACAGCUUCCUUCUUUGCAGCUGCUGCGACGGGCAUUGUGCAGUUUCAGAGGCUGCUCAACCUCACCUCUUCCGGGGAGGAUGAGAUCGAUGAAGUCUUCUGCAUCUGGGGCGAGGAUGACACUCCUGAACGCUACAAGGAGCGAGUUGUGGAGAUGGAGCUGGCCCGGUCAGACCAAAGUGCUCGUCUCCCACACCACAGGGUGAUCCGGCAGAGGCGCAAGGGAGGAACCAGUCCCACGAAGAAGGACCAAGACGACCCCUUCCUCUUGGACUUGCAGGAGCAGAUUGAGUAG